AUGUCGUCCACGCCCGAAAACCCGCAGGGGUCCAUGCAGUCCAAGCAGAAUACAAAGGCAGAGGACAUGGUCGUGCAAGGCCAGUCGCCUGACGGAGACGAGCAACACAUGGACAGAGAAGGCGCAGACGCACAAGCCCAGGGCCUCGGGUACGAAUUCGAAGUCAAGGAGCAAGAUCGAUGGCUUCCAAUCGCCAAUGCCCUGCAGAGCGCCAUGUCGUCCUCUUCUCCACAUUCCUCCACUUCCCCGCCACUAUCCACCUCCCUCCACACAAACCCCAAUGCUGCUGCCUCGGACGCUAACAUACGCAACUUUGCUCCAGUCGCCCGCAUCAUGAAGAUGGCCCUGCCCGACAACGCCAAGAUUGCAAAGGAAGCAAAGGAAUGCAUGCAGGAGUGCGUGAGCGAGUUCAUCUCGUUCAUCACCAGCGAGGCCUCCGAAAAGUGCCAGCAGGAAAAGCGCAAGACGGUCAAUGGCGAGGACAUCCUCUUCGCCAUGACCUCCCUCGGCUUCGAGAACUACUCGGAAGCCCUGAAGAUUUACCUCUCCAGAUACCGCGAAACCCUCCUCGCAAAUCAGAACAAGCCUGCCGGGCAGUUCGGCGCAGCAGGUGCCGGCGGGCCCAACCCAGGCGGCCCAGCAAAUUCGGAACAGCAUGUAUUGAGCGGCGACAGCGAAAUGGCCGAGGACGGCAGCAACACUUUCGGAUACACUGUGCACAACGGCAACGGCAACGGCGAGUACUAG